UCCUCCGACGCGCACGGAAGGAGGCGGCUUUCGCUGCUCGGCCGACAUCUAGCGUCAGUACAAGCAGGUGCGCAAGUUCCGUUACCUGUCGCCAAGGUAGCUGUAUCGAUGCUUCGUUGCCUGCUCCAGCAAUCUCACGAAAGCAACACUUCCUAGGAGGCUGAAGAUUUGUUAUCGCAUACUUGCGCCGCGUGACACUGGAAGACUGGAUGUCUCAUAAGCGAUUCGUGUUUAGUGCUUGAAGCAGAAACCGGACCGUUACGCGUAUCAUGCAGAAAGAAGCAAACGAGAUCCAACCGUCGCUACGUCUCUGCUAUGUGUCACGACCAUCUGCGGGUUAUUGUGGGUUUCAUCUGACCCGAACGGCAUGGGACCCGUACCCGUGGGUCAGUAAGGUGGAAUCAGGAUCAGCUGCAGAGGCUGCAGGACUCCAGGCUGGAGACUGUGUGCUGGAGGUGAACGGCGAAGAUGUACUGGGUCAGAGGGUACGAGAGGUCGCCUCCAGGGUGCGGGCGAAGGCUGACCGGGUGACGCUGCUGCUCUGGAACGCUGGAUCGGACCCUCACACCGCUGCCUCCUAUAUCUCCGGAAACGGAACGACGCCAGUAAGUUUGCAGCGUCUCUCAAGCUGUCUCCAGUCGGCUCUCCAGCUGCUGGAAUGUCCUGUGUGUCUUGAGACGGUGCCACCGCCAGCAUUUCAGUGUUGCAAUGGGCAUGUCCUGUGUGGCAGCUGCCGCACCAGGGCAGAGAAGUGCCCCGUGUGCCGAGUUAGCCUUGGUCCACGAGGAAGAUGCCUUCUUGCUGACAAACUGCACAGUCUCCUGACCACAAUGCUGAACCAAAGCAAAGAAAAGUGUGCUGCAAACACGAAACAACCGCAGAAACACCCUGCUCUGUACCUCAAGUCGCGUAUAGCAACAGACUGCGUUCAUGGAAUAGAUGAUGAACAAUCAAAUCCAACAGCAGCAACGUCGAAUGGGAAUCCUUCAACACAAGACCUUCCUGAUACUUCUUGCGAGCAUGCACAACCAAAAGAAAAUAUAUCACCUCAUGGAAGAGGCAAUGCUGCAAGUCAAAGCACAGCUAAUGAUGGGAACUCAAAACUUAACAUUUCUCGUGUCGUGGUGAAAACUAAGGCUUCAUCUGAAGAAAACAUUACAUUAUGCACUCAGCAGUUACCGGAUAGGCGGAUCAGUCAUCAAAUAUCCAGUUCAUACAUACAAAAGACAACACCCUUUCCUCUGAGAACACGUUCGUUUUCAGCAGGACAGAUUCCAGUCGGAAGUGAGUCACUUCUAGGAAAGACAUUCUGCGCUGAGGCUAAUGGACUCUUGUUUCAUUGCCCAUUUCCAACGAAACCGGAGCCAUACUGUUGCAGCAUUGUAAACGGUCCACGGCCGCUCCUGCAACACCUGCGAGAAGUCCAUCAAGGCCCUUUCGUUGAGUAUUUCCUUCAGUUGUCGUCCUCUGGAGUAACAGUUCGUCUUCCGUUAUCAUGUUCCAAACCAGUGGCCGAGUCUUCCUUGAAGUCAUUCACGGCUCACGGCGAUCUCGUGUUUUUUGUUGAAGUGGCAACUGCAGCGACUACCGGACGCCGCCUGAUAUGGCUCUGGCUGAUGGGGGAUGCAGUGCAAGCUGAACGCUACCGCCUACGCCUAACACUGCCUGAAGGAGACACUCACACAGGACCCGUGUUCCCGCUGACUGCUUCUUGGGGUGACGUUGUGAACAGUAACUGUUGUGUGAGCAUUGAGGAACGGCGUUACAUCCAUGGUAACCCAGAAGUUCAACUUGAGAUUCUAGACGUAGGCUCAGCGAGAACCAAGCAGGACUCCAUGGAGGACACUUCGACUCUUGCAAACAGUAUCAGUGAUCCCUGUAGCUCAUACUAAUUGUAUCUUGGCCAUACCACAUGUCUCAGGGCCAAUAAUUUAAUACUCUAAGACCUUAUGGACACUGAAAUUGAAUGGGACAUAUCAGCUCCUGAUCUAUGCUGAGCCAGUGAAUUAUUUGGGAGGGGGCAUGAAUAUCAACCAUGAAGAGAAAGCAGGAGUUCUAUUAGACGCUAGUAAGGAGAUUAGUCUGUAACUAAACGCAGCGAAAGCUGAAUAUGGUAUGUCGAUGUAUCGUCACCAAAUGCAAGACAAAAUCUUAAUAUAAAGACACUUUUUACAUCCGCUAAAUGUGUGGUAAAGUCCAGUUAUUUGGGAACCGUAGCAUCAAAUCAAAAUUUGAUCCAGGAGGAAAUUAAGAGCUGGUUAUAUUCGGGUAAUGCUUAAUACCGUUCAGUUCAGAAGCGUGUUUUCUCGUCUGCUGUCUAAAACGGAAAAAUUAAAACAUGCAACUACAAUUUUGUCUGAGUGUGAAACUUGGUCUCUGACAAGAAUAAAAAGCAUGGACUGCGGGUGCUUGAGAACAGAGUGGGGGGGAUGUUUGAACCUAAAAGGGAUGAAGAAAUACGAAACUAGAGGAUGUUCCAUAUAGAAGCUUGAUAAUUUAUAUUUCUUGUCAAAUAUUAUUACUAGAACUAUCAAAUCAAGGAGGAAGAGAUGGACAGGUCAUGUAGCACUCACUGGAGAGAUGUACAUUCAGAAUGUUUGUAGAAAGGCCUUAAGGAAAGAAACCACUAGUAAAACCGAGGCUAGGAAGGAGGAUAAGAAGUAAGGAGUGAGUGUGAGGGCUGGGUUCAUCUGACUCGAGACAAGAACCAGUGGUGGACGUUUCUAGGCGCGUGGUUAUGAAUUUUCGGGUUCCACAAAAUGCUGGGAGUUUCUUGAGUAGCCGAGAAACAGAUAGCUUCUCAGGAAGGACUCAGCUUCAUGGAGUUAAGUCAGAUGUUUAAGAAGUGAAAUAAAAACAAAUAUCGGAUAGACAGAAUUAAUUCUUAAAAACUAACGCCACGAAAUGCAGACCUUCUAAAGAAGCUGAUGGCCGCUCAACAUACCCUCCCUUUUCGGAAUUUAUAUAUUCAUUACCGUGUUCACAGGAGCCUGUCAUGGGCCAGUAGAAUCCAAUUUACAUCUUCACCCCUAUUCUCUUCACAAUUUAUUUAAAUAACAUCUUCCCACCGCCAUCUGGAUGCCUAGAUUUCUCGACUAUCAUUUUGAGGUUUCCCAUUUAACAUAUUCUGUCAGCUGCUCACCAGCCCAACAACUGCAGACCGUUAAGUUGCUAAUUUCUGCCAUAUAUAGCCAUUGCUUGUACAGUGUUGCACAUGUGCGCCAACAUGCACCUUGUGAUUAAGGCACGACAGAUGAGCAUUCUUCAUUUCUACUUAUCUACAUAUAGGCCUACUGCGGAUCACAUACAUACACGGGAGAGUCAGUAGAUAGAUCACAGACAGAUAUAAAACAUAGAACAUGUGAUAUUUGAACACGGGAAAAGUAUAUAUUUCUCGACAUAUCCUCCACCGACACUGAAACACUUGUCCCAUCGCUUUACCAGUGCAUCGAAACCCGCAGCGAAGAAGUCUUUUGGUUGUUGUCUCAUCCAUUUCCGCACCUCUUCGUCAACAGCAAAACGUUUGCCACUAAGGUGGAACAGCUUUACGCGACAAACACUUCCCACCGUGAACAGGAAACAUUUCUUCACGGAUAAAUAUCUUUUGCAGAGACCUUUUGUCCACAAAAAAAAAA